GUGUUUGCCCUUGACUGUGUGUAUGUGAGAGGAACUGGCAGAGGCCGGGAAGUUGUAAUAUGGCGCACCCGGAGAUUGAGGGGUUUACUCCCAGCAGUACGUACGGCGAUGAGGGUUUUAAGAGCAAAUUCAUAAGGAAAGUAAAGGAGAACCCAUUUGUACCUAUUGGGUGCCUUGCCACAGCUGGAGCUUUAACCUAUGGCCUCAUAUCUUUCAAGCAAGGUAAAACCCAGCAGUCUCAGCUUCUAAUGCGCACCCGUAUCCUUGCCCAGGGAUUUACAGUUGCUGCCAUCAUGUUCGGUGUGGUUAUGACUGCCAUGAAGCCUCGCAUAACUCCCAAGUGAGAAAUAAAGAGUGUACCAAGUAGCAACUGAUGUAAAGCGAUGCCUGAAUCAGAGCAAUUCUUAUGCUUACAACACAAACUGUUCAGUGGUUUCAAGAAAUGCAGCUUUGGCACAGGUUGGACUGUUACCUGAGACUAUAGAAAGUGGUCAUUUUUUUAUGUUAAUAAUAAUAAAUCUCUAUGUAGAAUAUUUCAAACACCAAGCCUCUUCAUUAAAGUAGUAUGUCAAUAACUA